AACUGCUUUUUUUUCCUGGACCCAACGGCAUACGCAAUGGUGCUUUUGAAGAGUGGAAGCUCCAUGGCCUGUGCUCUGUCUGCGACCGUGUGACUCAGGGCAUGCCAGAACGACCGCGCUGCAGGACAAGGCACGCCAGACCGAUCGAGGGUGAGCGAGCUCCUCUCAGCCUCACUUGGGCCCCAGUCAGAACCUACAGCUGCCACACUUCUUGAUUGCUCUGCACAAGUGUGCCUGUGGUCACCCAUUUAUGCUUUAAAGAGCUGUACCAUUCCAGUGUUGUUCCCAGUAUGAGUGGAGAGGGCGUGACAUCAUUCGUGCUGGUCACUGUGCUGGGUCUGAUCCUGGCAAGGUUGGCUUAUGGUCAGCAUAUGGGGGAGGAGCCCUGCUCAGUCCAAAUCCUUGUCCCUGGACUUAAAGGGGAAGCAGGAGAGAAGGGAGAGAAAGGAGCACCUGGGAGACCUGGCAGAGUGGGGCCCCCUGGAGAGAUGGGUCCUUCUGGACUUAAAGGAGAAAAAGGUAUCAUGGGACGUUAUGGAAAAAUAGGUCCCACUGGCUUAAAAGGUUUAAAAGGCGAUGUGGGAGAUCCAGGUCCAGCAGGCUCAAAUGGAGACCCAGGGCUUCCCUGUGAGUGUGCACCCUUACGGAAGAUGAUUGGUGAAAUGGAUAAUCACGUGGCACAAUUAACCAAUGAGCUGAAGUUCAUUAAAAAUGCUGUUGCUGGCAUCAAAGAGACUGACAGCAAAGUCUACCUGCUGGUGAAGGAGGAGAGACGCUACCGAGAUGCCGAGCUCUCCUGUCAGGCCAGGGGCGGGCACCUGGCCAUGCCCAAAGAUGCUGCCACCAACAGGGUGCUCGCUGGGUACAUCACAGGAGCAGGCCUUAGCAGGGUGUACAUCGGCAUUAACGACCUGGAGCGCGAAGGCCAGUUUGUUUACGUGGAGCGCUCUCCCAUGAGCACGUUUAGCCGGUGGCGGGAAGGGGAGCCCAACGAUGCCUACGAAGAUGAAGACUGCGUGGAGCUGCUGUCAUCAGGGGAGUGGGUUGAUGUGGCCUGCUCUCUCACCAUGUACUUCGUGUGCGAGUUUGACAAAGACAGAAUUUGAACAUCAGUCUCUCUCUCUCUCUCUCUCUCUCUCUCUCUCUCUCUCUCUCUCUCUCUCUCUCUCUCUCUCUCUCUCCACACACACACACAAACACACACCAUGUGAUUAUUUUGAAAAUGCGACUUUAAAGACUUCUGGUUCUGUACGCCUGUUUGAAACAGAAUGACAAGUGAGAGUGGAGUUAACGGACUGUCUUUUUUAAACAGAAAUGCUACGUUCUUGAUUCUUGUACCUGCUUUAGCUCUACUGUAUGGCAAACUAAAAAUUUUAAAUUAUUUUCUGCAUGUACUGCAGAAAAUGCAGUACACUGCAGUACAGCCUAGCCUACAGUGUGUUCCAGGCUGACUGGACAGAUCACGUUGGGAUCUUGGAGUGAUUACAGAGACCAUGGUGUAUAUGC